AUGUUUAGUAAUUUUGAUGAAACCAAUAAAGAUGUUGUUAAUAUAAGACAAUUAGACUCCGUCGCUUUACAACUAUUAGUAGAUUAUAUCUACACUGGAGAAAUUAUAGUGACAAAAGAAAAUGUACAGGUCUUAUUACCGGCUGCAAGCAUCUUGCAGUUGGAUUUUGUAAGUGCUGCAUGUGCUAUGUUUUUACAAAAACAACUGGAGAGCGUCAUAGCUGAGUAG